CUCAGAAAACUCAGUUUAAAUACUGAAUUCGUGAUGUUUUGACGCAGUUUGACACCGUUCAACAGUUAUUAUAUUCGUCUAAGAAACAUUUGUAUAAAUGAUGUUUUAGUAGAGUACCAGUACCAAUUUGCUGACAGUUUUAAGCCUUCUGACCGGACCAGAUGACGGUCCAUAACUUGUAUAUAUUUGACCGUAAUGGCAGCUGUCUGUAUUACAAUGAAUGGAACCGUAAGAAGCAAGCAGGGAUCUCCAAGGAGGAGGAGUUUAAGUUGAUGUAUGGGAUGCUGUUCUCCAUCCGGUCAUUCGUCAGUAAGAUGUCUCCUCUGGACAUGAAAGAGGGCUUCCUGUCCUUUCAGACCAGCAAGUAUCGUCUUCAUUACUACGAGACUCCCACUGGGCUGAAGUUUGUCAUGAACACAGACCUGUCUGUGACCAACGCCAGAGAGACACUCCAGCACGUAUACAGCAAUUUGUAUGUGGAGUACAUAGUGAAGAAUCCAGUGUGUGUCUCGGCUCACAGUUUGGACAGUGAACUGUUCAGCAGCCGACUGGACGCGUUCAUCAGAGCUCUGCCGUACUACAGCCCACGAGCUGCUUAACACGCACGCGCACACACACACAGACACACACAGACACACACACACACACACACACACAGACACACACACACACUCUCUCUCUAUUAUCUCACUUGUCAAACUUCUGUUGAAUUAAAGGUCUUCA